AUGGCUACUCUCAACUCCAAAACCGUCCAUAGUCUUGUUCUUGACUCCGGCCCAAUAAUCAAAAACGAUCCUCAUGUCAAUACCCUCCUAGGCCGAGCUGAGAACAUCUACACGAUCCCCGCCGUUAUCGAUGAAAUCCGCGAUGCAGUAACGCGCGCCCGAAUCGAGAGCACCCUGCUGCCUUUCCUUAAAUUACGAUCGCCGAGACCUGCGAGCGUGAAGGUUGUCACGGAUUUUGCGCGGAAGACGGGCGAUUUGGAGGUGCUGAGUAGGCCGGAUGUCCAGUUGAUCGCCUUGACUUAUGAGCUGGAGUGUGAGCGAAACCAUGGAGAUUGGAGACUCAGGAGGGAGCCGGGGCAGAACGGCUUGAACGGAGAGCCACCUAAGAGCUUGGAGGAGGGUGCUGUGAAAAAUGACGAUGUCGAGUCUGCAAAGAAGCAGAAUGUGCCUGCUCCUAUGCCAGAGACGAGAGGUGCCUGGGGAACAAAAAUUCCAAUAGCCGAGAACAGCGAACCAAAGUCGAUAGAUCACGUACUUGCAGGAACCCAUCUUUCUGAUCCACAGGUACAAUCUCCAGAGCCUAUCGUCGAAUGUACACAUAAGGAACAAGCACAGUUAUCCCAACAAGAAACCACAAUCACGGAUCCGGAAACUACGCCAGAGGUACAGGCACCAGAGCCCAGUGUAGGGGUACCUACCGAGCCAGUCAGCCAGCCAGAGUCCGAAGUCGAGGAAGUGAUAGAGUCAGACUCAGAAGGCUCUGACGGCGAAGGCUGGAUUACCCCUUCCAAUAUCAAGAAAGUGCAGGCAAAAGCGGAAAAGAACUUCAAGACAAACGACAAGGAGGAUCAAAAUAUGCAAGUCGCAGUCAUCACCACCGACUUCGCCAUGCAGAACGUCAUCCUCAGAAUGAACCUCAACCUCCUCUCAUCUGGUCUUCAAAGAAUCCGACAACUGAAGACCUGGGUGCUGCGUUGCCAUGCCUGCUUCGCAAUCACAAAAGAUAUGUCGAGACAGUUUUGCCCGAAAUGUGGGAAGGAUACUCUGAUGCGGACAUCGUGCUCUACAAAUAAGGAUGGGAAGGUUUUUGUUCAUCUGAAGAAGAAUAUGCAGUGGAAUACUCGAGGCAAUGUUUACAGUAUACCUAAGCCAGUGGCGGGCACCUCGAACGGGAAGUUGGUUCAGGGAGGUGGAAAGGGCGGAUGGGGCCAGGGGCUGAUUUUGGCUGAGGAUCAGAAGGAGUAUGUUCAGGCUAUGACUAGUAACCAGAGGAAGAAGGAGAAGGACCUGAUGGAUGAGGAUUUUUUGCCUGGGCUUCUUUCGGGCGAUAGAGGGCGGACAGGUGGCAGACCGAAGGUUGGAGCUGGCAGGAACGUCAAUUCCAAGAAGAGACAUUGA